AUGGCUCCUUCACUGACUUUGGACCGCGCUGACUCGGUGGACCUUACCAAAAGGAAAGGAGUGAAUGGUGAUUCUGGGCAGGUAUCAGCGAAGCGUCCUCGAAGAUCAAAGCAGCGAUCAUUAGCGCCUGACGCAGAGCUUGGCUACAAUAAUGGAUGUGUCGUAGAAGAGUAUAAAGGUUUUUCUAACAAGUAUACAGAGCCUGUUAUCUUAGUGACGUACAAAGAGCCUUUGCCCGUCGGCUUCGAGAACAGGCAGGAUGAGAUAGUUCCUGUUAGGAUCGUCGCGGAAAAAGAUCCACAAGGGUCACACCCAUAUCUCGCUGGUCCUUUUUCGAUCCCGUUGUUUGAUAAAUUGCUUUCUGUUUCAUCGGGGAAUAAGAAUGAGGUAAUCUCAGUGCCCCUGUUGCGUGUUGCAGCUCGUCACCAACUUAAUAAAAGCUACGUAUUUUUUUAA